CUGCCUGCUCCUGGCUGUCCGGCACCCGAAGGAGCGAAUUGUGCAGCGACGCCGUGCGAUCUGUCGCAGCCAUGGACCGGAAGGUGGCCCGAGAAUUCCGGCACAAGGUGGAUUUUCUGAUUGAAAAUGAUGCAGAGAAGGACUAUCUCUAUGAUGUGCUGCGGAUGUACCACCAGACCAUGGAUGUGGCUGUCCUUGUGGGAGACCUGAAGCUGGUCAUCAAUGAGCCCAGUCGCUUGCCACUGUUUGAUGCCAUCAGGCCCCUUAUCCCGCUGAAGCACCAGGUGGAGUACGACCAACUGACCCCCCGCCGCUCCAGGAAGCUGAAGGAGGUGCGUCUGGACCGUCUGCACCCUGAAGGCCUUGGCCUCAGCGUGCGUGGCGGCCUUGAGUUUGGCUGUGGGCUCUUCAUCUCCCACCUCAUCAAAGGCGGGCAGGCAGACAGCGUGGGGCUCCAGGUAGGGGACGAGAUUGUCCGGAUCAAUGGGUAUUCCAUAUCCUCUUGUACCCAUGAGGAGGUCAUCAACCUUAUUCGCACCAAGAAGACCGUGUCCAUCAAAGUGAGACAUAUCGGCCUGAUCCCUGUGAAGAGUUCUCCUGAUGAGCCCCUCAAAUGGCAGUACGUGGAUCAGUUUGUGUCAGAAUCUGAGGGUGGGCGGAGCAACCUGGGUUCCCCAGGGAGUCAGGAAAACAAGGAGAAGAAGGUCUUCAUCAGCCUGGUGGGCUCCAGGGGCCUUGGCUGCAGCAUUUCCAGUGGCCCCAUCCAGAAACCUGGCAUCUUCAUCAGUAAUGUGAAGCCUGGAUCCCUGUCUGCCGAGGUGGGGUUGGAGACAGGGGACCAGAUUGUCGAAGUCAAUGGCAUCGACUUCUCCAACCUGGACCAUAAGGAGGCUGUGAACGUGCUGAAGAGUAGCCGCAGCCUGACCAUCUCCAUCGUAGCUGGAGCCGGCCGGGAGCUGUUCAUGACAGAGCGGGAGCGGCUGGCAGAGGUGCGGCAGCACGAGCUGCAGCGGCAGGAACUUCUGAUGCAGAAGCGGCUGGCGAUGGAAUCCAACAAGAUCCUCCAGGAGCAGCAGGAGAUGGAGAGGCAAAGGAAAAAGGAAAUCGCCCACAAGGCAGCAGAGGAAAAUGAGAGAUACCGGAAGGAGAUGGAACAGAUCGUGGAGGAGGAAGAGAGGUUUAAGAAGCAGUGGGAAGAAGACUGGGGCUCAAAGGAACAGCUGCUAUCGCCUAAGACCAUCACUGCUGAGGUGCACCCAGUGCCCCUUCACAAGCCAAAGUCCUUUGGGUGGUUUUAUCGUUAUGAUGGCAAAUUCCCAACCAUACGGAAGAAAGGAAAGGAUAAGAAGAAAGCCAAGUAUGACAGCCUUCAGGAGUUGAGAAAGAAUAAAAAGGAACUAGAGUUUGAGCAAAAGCUUUACAAAGAGAAAGAGGAGAUGCUGGAAAAGGAAAAGCAACUGAAGAUCAACCGGCUGGCCCAGGAGGUGUCCGAGACAGAGCGGGAAGACCUUGAGGAAUCGGAAAAGAUUCAGUAUUGGGUGGAAAGGCUCUGUCAGACGCGCCUGGAGCAGAUUUCCUCUGCUGACAAUGAGAUUUCAGAGAUGACCACGGUGCCCCCGCCUCCUCCACCUUCUGUGUCUCCCCUGGCCCCGCCCCUGAGACGCUUCGCAGGCGGGCUGCACCUCCACACCACUGACCUGGAUGACAUCCCUUUGGAUAUGUUCUACUAUCCCCCUAAGACUCCCUCUGCCUUGCCUGUGAUGCCCCACCCUCCACCCUCCAACCCACCUCCCAAAGCCCCCGCACCCCCUGUCCUUCCAUCAUCAGGCCGUGUGAGUGCCUCGUCCUCACCCUGGGUGCAACGCACUCCACCCCCCAUUCCCAUCCCUCCCCCACCAUCUAUUCCCACUCAAGACCUCACUCCUACCCGCCCACUGCCCUCGGCACUGGAAGAGGCACUGGGCAACCACCCCUUCCGCGCUGGGGAUACAGGCAAUUCAACAGAGGACUGGGAGGCAAAGAACCACAGCGGGAAGCCCGCCAACUCUCCUGUCCCCGAACGGAGCUUCCCACCCACCCCAAAGACGUUUUGCCCAAGCCCACAGCCUCCACGAGGCCCUGGCGUGUCUACCAUCUCCAAGCCUGUCAUGGUCCACCAGGAGUCCAACUUUAUCUACAGGCCAGCUGUGAAAUCCGAGGUCCUGCCACAGGAGAUGUUGAAGAGGAUGGUGGUUUAUCAGACAGCAUUCAGACAAGAUUUCCGGAAAUAUGAGGAAGGAUUUGACCCCUACUCCAUGUUCACCCCAGAGCAAAUCAUAGGGAAGGAUAUCCGGCUCCUGCGCAUUAAGAAGGAGGGAUCCUUAGACCUGGCCCUGGAAGGUGGCGUGGACUCCCCAAUCGGCAAGGUGGUCGUCUCAGCUGUUUAUGAGGGGGGAGCCGCUGAGCGGCAUGGUGGCAUUGUGAAAGGGGAUGAGGUCAUGGCGAUCAAUGGCAAGAUUGUGACGGACUACACCCUGGCUGAGGCUGAGGCCGCCCUGCAGAAGGCCUGGAAUCAGGGGGGGGACUGGAUCGACCUUGUUGUUGCUGUCUGUCCCCCCAAGGAGUACGAUGAUGAGCUCUCUUCUCUUCCCUCCUCUGCAGCCGAAAGCCCCCAGUCAGUCAGAAAGCUUGAAGACCGUGCUCCCGUGUAUAGACACGGGUUCCUCCUGCAGCUGGAACCACAGGACCUUCUUCUGAAGUCCAGAAGGAGAAACCAGAUUCAUCCCUAGAAGACACUGAGCUCUGGACUCACUCUUCUGAAUACAAAGCCUAGAACCAGCCUUGAGAGACUCCAGCCUGC